AUGGGACCCGUAUCCGAACUAGAUAUGGAAUACUCCAUGGAUUGUUACUUUCGUCAAUACUGGAGAGAUCAAAGACUAUCCUUCGUCGGACCGAUCAAAUCUCUAUCUUUAUCAAUUAAAAUGCUGGAAAGAAUAUGGCGACCAGACACUUACUUUUACAAUGGCAAAAACUCGUAUGUGCACACUAUAACUGUGCCUAAUAAGCUGUUGAGGAUUAGCCAAGACGGAGAUAUUUUGUACUCGAUGAGGUUGACGAUAAAAGCAAAAUGUCCGAUGGAAUUAAGAAGUUUUCCGAUGGACCGUCAAUCCUGUCCACUUAUUUUAGGAAGUUAUGCCUAUACUUCGAAAGACUUGAUUUAUCAAUGGCAAAGCGACAGGAGCGUAACGUUUGUAGCUGGAAUGACUUUGUCCCAAUUUGAUUUGAUCAGUUAUCCUUCUAGGAAUUUUACAUUUAAGCGUAGAGAAGGGGAAUUUUCAGUCUUAGAAGUUAGCUUCAACCUCCAACGACAUACUGGCUACUUUUUAAUUCAAGUUUACGUCCCUUGCAUUUUAAUAGUUGUUCUCUCUUGGGUCUCGUUCUGGAUCCAUCGAGAAGCUACCAGCGAUAGAAUCGGAUUAGGCAUCACGACUGUACUAACUCUAUCAACAAUAAGUCUAGACUCUAGAACUGACUUACCUAAAGUGCGUUACGCUACAGCUCUUGACUGGUUCUUGCUGAUGAGCUUCCUAUAUUGCAUAGCUACUCUGUUAGAGUUUGCUGGUGUUCAUUAUUUCACUAAGGUUGGCAGCGGUGAGAUUCCAAUAGACGAAGAUGAAUGGGAAGACUUCAAAGAAACCGAAGAAGAAUUUAUUGGUUCCACUGCAGAUGAUUUACUAGAAACCAUCAGCACCACCUCUGAGAGUCGUAGACGAAGAAGCUCUAUAGUUUGUCCGAUUUUUAAUGCAGCGCCACUAUAUCAGAGCCCCAAGAGAACUUCGCUGGUCGAUAGUCCUAGGGCUUCGCCUCCUGUCAAAAUAACUGUUGAGAAAACUACUCAGACUGAAAAUAAGUUACCGAAAUGGAAGCAAUUUAUGUAUUGUCUGAAAGGAGAUGAUAAGUUCAGGAGACAAAGACAAAGAGAAGCUGCAGAUUCAACUAAACCUGGGCAUCACGGAAUUCGUCACAUCAACAGUGUAUCCUUGAUUGACAGAGCUGCCAGAAUUCUAUUUCCAACAUCCUUCGGAGUUUUUAAUCUUUUCUAUUGGUUAAUCUACAUUAUGACUCAAGAAAAUUUCAAAUGGGGUGAUAAUAAGUUAAAUCCUCAAAGCCAUUGA